AUGUUUCAGAGUGCGAAUUCUCAGAGUGUGACUUCAUCUGACAAUGAGAAUGGUGUACUUUGCUAUUGUCACCGGCCAGCAAAGAUUGUGAGAGCUUGGACCCGUAGAAACCCUGGUCGUAGGUUCUAUAGUUGCAUAGGCCGUCGAGGAGCCAAUGGGUGGGUGGCUUGCAAAUUCUUUGAUUGGUUCGACAAAGAGGAACCACACGGAUGGCAACAUGUUGCACUAUUGGAGGCAGAACAGACAAUUAAAGAGCAAAAAGCAGAGAUUGAGGGUUUGAAGAACAAGGUAAGAACACAAACUCGUCAUUCUGAAAAUUUUGGGAAUUCAAAUGCAUUGGUGGAUAUACUGAAGGAAAGGAAAGAAACGAAGUUCUUGAAAGGGAAGUGUUGA